UUUGUGUGACUCUGUCUAUAAAUAAAACCCUGCAGAAGUUUGAAGAACUUAAGCAGCUGGGCUACCAAUCUGUGCUGAAUUCUGAGACCCAUACCAGUUUGAGCAAGACUGCUUCUUUCUGGGCUAGGCUUUGAAUGAGACUGUGUUCUCCCAGAGAGAGGUGACAAAGAAACUCCAUUAUUCCAAAAAAUAUUUCUAAAAAAUGGCUCUACCUGUAGAUCCUACUGAAGAGCCCCGGAUGUACCAACAAACCCUCCUUCAAGAUGGGCUGAAUGACCUGCUGGAAACAGACAAGUUCGUUGACUGUGUUUUAAAGAUUAAGGACGAGGAGUUUCCCUGUCACCGGUUAGUGCUGGCAGCCUGCAGCCCUUUCUUCCGGACCAUGUUCCUCUCAGACCUAGAGGAGAGCAAGAAGAAGGAGAUAGUCCUUGAAGAUGUGGAACCUGGAGUAAUGGGAAUGAUCCUUAAGUAUAUCUACACGUCAGAAAUCAGUAUCACAGAACAGAAUGUCAAAGACAUUUUUGCGGCGGCAAACUUGUUUCAGAUUCCUUCUAUUUUUACAGUUUGCGUCUCCUUUUUGCAGAAGAGGCUCAGCUUGAGUAACUGUUUGGCUAUUUUCCGGCUAGGCUUGAUGCUUGAUUGCCCACGUCUUGCCAUAUCUGCUAGAGACUUCAUCUGUGAUCGUUUCCAUCUGAUCGUAAGAGACCUGGACUUCCUACAGCUAGCCCCCACUGAAUUGGCUGCCAUUAUCACCUCAGAUUCCCUUAAUGUUGAGAAAGAAGAGGUGGUAUUUGAAGCGCUCGUGACGUGGGUUUCCCAUGACAAGGAGAACCGGCUAAAGGAUCUGUCUGAUCUCUUUGACUGCAUCCGCUUUCGACUGAUGCCACAUGACUACUUCUCAAACAAAGUAGAGAAACAUGGACUCGUCAAAUCAAACCCAGAACUCAUGAAGAAGCUGCAGAUGGUGAAAGAUGCCAAUGAGGGUAAGCUUCCUGAAUUAAAGAAAGCUGAAAGUAAAAAGCCUGGUGACAGGGGUGAUGUUGCCCAAGAAGAGGAGGAGAAUCUGCUUCCUGGGAUACUCAAUGACAACCUGCGUUUUGGCAUGUUCCUCAAGGAUUUAAUGUUCAUGAUCAGUGACACAGGUUCAGUGGCCUAUGACCCAAUAGGAAACGAAUGCUAUAUAGCCUCAUUAUCCACCCAGAUUCCUAAGAAUCACUGUAGUCUGGUUACAAAACAGAACCAGAUCUUUGUAGCAGGAGGACUUUUUUAUAACGACGAUAACCAGGACGAUCCUCUCAGUUCCUACUUUUUACAGUUUGAUCCCCUAGAUUCAGAUUGGUUAGGUAUGCCUCCCCUUCCUUCUCCCCGCGCUCUGUUUGGUCUUGGUGAGGCAGAAAAUUCCAUCUUUGUCAUUGGAGGAAAAGAGCUAAAGGAAGGAGAGAAGAUUCUGGACUCAGUCAUGGUCUAUGACAGACAAUCCUUCAAAUGGGGAGAGUCUGACCCUCUUCCUUACGCAGUGUAUGGCCAUGCGACUGUGUCAUACAACGGACUAGUCUAUGUGAUAGGAGGAAAAGGAGAUAGCAAAAAAUGCAUCAAAAGGAUGUGUGUUUAUAAUCCCACAAAGUUUGAAUGGAAGGAGCUGGCUCCCUUGAAGACUGGCCGAUCUCUGUUUGGUGCCACUGUACAUAACAACAAGAUUUACGUGGCUGCAGGCGUGACAGACGCUGGACUCACCAACUCUGUGGAGGUGUAUGACAUUACAAGUAACAGGUGGGAAGACUUUAAUGAAUUCCCACAGGAGCGUAGUUCCCUGAGUCUCACCAGUCUGGCUGGCUCAAUCUACGCUACUGGCGGCUUUGGCAUGAUGCCCAAUGACUCAGGAGAGCUGGUACCCACUGAAAUGAAUGAUAUAUGGAAGUAUGAGGAGGACUCGAAGCAGUGGACUGGCAUUCUCCGAGAGAUCCGCUAUGUUUCUGGUGCUACGGUACUUGCUGUGCGUCUGAACACUCUUCGACUCACCAAAAUGUAACAGGCAUACGGUGUAAUAGCAUUGCAUAGGACAAAGGAUGCUUCUAUAUGCAUUGUAAAUGUGAAUGAAUGGAAGAUUAAUUGCACAAAGGUGUGAUCGCUGCAGUCAGGGUUCUCUAAUCAAUAACUAGGCUGGAUUGAGAUCAGUAUUCUAUUGCACCCAACCCAAGGAAGAAGCUCCACUUUAUUGGCUAGUCAGAGUACUGACCAUUGACCACUUCACUUCAAGGACAUACUGUUUUGAAGAUAGGUAAGAUAAGGCCAUAAAGGCCCAUGGGGAAUGGGGGGCAAGGGCCACCAUUUUUCUUGACCAUCCGACACUGGAGGUUAACCCCUGGUACUCAUUUAGAAAGCAGGCUGAGUGAACCUGGGAGCUGCCUGGAAGCAAGUGAUAUCACUUGCCCUUACCUGGGAUUGAACCUAAAACCUUCUGAUCAAGAGCUGGACACCCUUGCUGUCUGAGCUACCACAGCUUCUACGGUUUUAAGGAAUCCUCAAAAUAAGCAUUUGUGGUUGAGAUAGUUACUGUAUUAUUUUACCACUUAAAAACAAAUUGAUUUUGUAUUUAAAAGAGGUUUCUCUUUAGAAGCAACAUAAGUUUGCUGUUAUAAAGCAGGAAAUCACAAGCCAACAAGAUUUAGAAGCCUUUUCCAAGAGAUCCUUACACAUUCCAUAAAAUUCAGCCAUACAGUACAUCCAUUUUCUAACCUUUUCAUUCUAAAGAGGGUCAGGGGGAGCUGAUGCCUAAUACAGGCCACAAACAGAUAUAAAGACACAUACACAUGCACACCAGGGCCAAUUUUCUCUUAAGCCAGUUAACCUACCAGUAUGUCUUUGGAGUGUGGAAGGAGACCAGAGCAGCUGCAGGAAACAACACAUUCAGAGAGAAAACAUACAGACUCCACGCAGAUACAAUAGCACUCCAGGAAUUGAACCCAGGGCCUCAGAGCUGCAAGGCAGCAAUGCUAACCACUGCCCUAUAAAAUUCAUAAAAGUUAAAAUCGUAUAUCAUAAGUGUUAAUAUGAAAAAACAAAGAUGAGUGGGGAAAAUAUUUGUGAUAUUAUACAGUAGGUUGUUCAUUGCAAAUUGAUUUAUUGAUAGCAUUUGAGUGUUAAUAAUAUCCACGUGUGUAUAGCUACAGUACAUGAAACUUGUUUCAGACCUUUGUAUAAAAUGUGUAUGAUGUAAAACUGGUUAAGGUGUAUUGAUAAGUCAAGUGUCUUCUGCACAGCAGGGUCUUAAACUAGUUAUCAUCUAUUGCUCUUCAAUGCCAUUAUUGUCAAGAUCAAACCAUGAUUGGGGGAGGAUUCCCAUGUGAUGGCACUGAUGCCAGGGCUUCCAAUGUAUCCAGGUUUUAUUAAUGUCAAAUAGCUAGCAGACAGCCUUUAAUCACAAUGCUUGGCAUAACUAUGCAUGACUCAGUGUACUCAGAAGAGCUCAAGAGCAGUAUUUGGAAGAGCUUCUUUCAGCUACUGUUUUUUUAAGCUUAUAAGGGGAUUAGGGGUGUGUAAUGUAAUCUGACCGCAAGUACUGCCUCUAGAGGGGGACCAACAAAGUAUGAAUUUAAAAAGAUUUCACCCCUGUUACCUGCUUGUUUCAAAGAUUGUUGAAAACAGUUCACACAUAGCGUGAUCAACAGCCGCCAUUGAACUUAAUAUGUAUUCUUAAUAAAAAUGAAAUAUA